ACAGGGAGGCGAGGCUCGCCCUUCCCGGCCCCGCCCGACCACGCGUUGUCCAGUGGCGUCCCGCUGCCCCUUCGGUGGACUACUUUUCCUGCCGCGGAGGUACUACUUCUGCGGAAGCAUCGGGACUGGCGGCGCGCACGACAUGGCGGCGGCGGCGGCGGCGGCGCGCCUGAGCUAGAGGGACGCUGGCCCGGUCAGGCCUCGGCGCGGCCUAUACGCUUCGCUCGCUCGCUCGCUCCCGCCCUUCGCCCCACGGCUGGCCAUGGCCGAGUCGUCGCCAGCCCGACGCCCGGUGCCCCUCAUCGAGUCGGAGCUGUACUUCUUAAUCGCCCGGUACCUGUCGGCCGGCCCGUGUCGGAGAGCCGCCCAGGUGCUGGUGCAGGAGCUGGAGCAGUACCAGUUGCUGCCGAAGAGGUUGGAUUGGGAGGGCAACGAGCACAGCAGGAGCUACGAGGAAUUGGUCUUGUCCAAUAAACAUGUGGCUCCUGAUCAUCUGUUGCAAAUCUGCCAGCGCAUCGGUCCCAUGUUGGAUAAAGAAAUUCCACCCAGUAUUUCAAGAGUCACUUCUUUACUUGGUGCAGGAAGGCAGUCUUUGCUACGUACAGCAAAAGACUGCAGGCACACAGUUUGGAAGGGCUCUGCCUUUGCUGCUCUUCACAGAGGAAGACCUCCUGAAAUGCCAGUGAAUUACGGUUUCCCGCCAAGUCUUGUGGAGAUACAUCGAGGCAAACAACUCACAGGGUGUUCCACUUUUAGCACAGCAUUUCCAGGAACUAUGUACCAGCAUAUAAAAAUGCACAGGAGGAUUCUUGGACAUCUAUCUGCUGUUUACUGUGUAGCAUUUGAUAGGACAGGACAUAGAAUCUUUACAGGUUCAGAUGAUUGUUUGGUGAAGAUUUGGUCAACGCACAAUGGUCGCCUAUUAUCCACAUUAAGAGGUCAUUCUGCAGAAAUUUCAGAUAUGGCAGUAAACUAUGAGAAUACGAUGAUUGCUGCAGGGAGCUGUGACAAAAUCAUCAGAGUGUGGUGCUUGAGGACCUGUGCCCCAGUGGCUGUGCUCCAGGGACACACAGGGUCAAUUACAUCUUUACAGUUUAGCCCAAUGGCCAAAGGCUCUCAAAGGUACAUGGUCUCUACUGGUGCUGAUGGGACAGUUUGUUUUUGGCAGUGGGAUUUAGAAUCUCUGAAAUUCAGUCCACGUCCCUUGAAGUUUACUGAAAAGCCUAGACCAGGCGUUCAAAUGCUUUGUUCUUCUUUUAGUGUUGGUGGUAUGUUUCUGGCCACUGGCAGUACUGAUCAUGUAAUUAGAAUGUAUUUUUUGGGUUUUGAAACACCUGAAAAAAUUGCAGAACUUGAAAGCCACACUGAUAAAGUUGACAGUAUCCAAUUUUGUAACAAUGGUGACCGGUUUUUAAGUGGUAGCAGAGAUGGAACAGCACGGAUUUGGAGAUUUGAGCAGUUAGAAUGGAGAAGCAUUUUAUUGGAUAUGGCUACCAGAAUCUCAGGGGACUUAACUUCUGAAGAAGAAAGAUUCAUGAAACCCAAAGUAACAAUGAUAGCUUGGAAUCAGAAUGAUAGCAUUGUUGUCACAGCUGUGAAUGAUCAUGUCCUCAAAGUAUGGAAUUCUUAUACUGGACAAUUGCUUCAUAACUUACUGGGACAUGCUGAUGAAGUAUUUGUUUUGGAGACACAUCCCUUUGAUUCCAGAAUUAUGUUAUCUGCAGGACAUGAUGGCAGCAUAUUUAUAUGGGAUGUUACAAAAGGUACCAAGGUGAAACAUUAUUUUAAUAUGAUUGAAGGACAAGGGCAUGGAGCUGUAUUUGACUGUAAGUUUUCACAGGAUGGACAGCAUUUCGCCUGUACAGACUCUCAUGGGCAUCUUCUGAUAUUUGGGUUUGGAUGCAGCAAGCCAUAUGAAAAGAUUCCUGAUCAGAUGUUCUUCCAUACUGACUAUCGACCUCUGAUUAGAGAUUCUAAUAAUUAUGUCUUAGAUGAGCAAACUCAGCAGGCUCCUCACCUUAUGCCUCCGCCAUUCUUAGUAGAUGUAGAUGGAAAUCCUCAUCCAACUAAGUACCAGAGAUUAGUACCAGGCCGAGAAAAUUCUGCAGAUGAGCAUUUGGUUCCACAGCUAGGCUAUGUGGCAACAAGUGAUGGAGAGGUAAUUGAACAAAUUAUAAGCCUACAAACUAAUGAUAGUGGUGAAGGAAGCCCAGAAUCCAGUGUUCUUGAUGGGAUGAUAAGACAGUUGCAGCAGCAGCAAGAUCAGAGAAUGGGAGCUGGUCAGGAUACUAGUCCAAAUGGACUUCCAAAUGGGGAAGAAACACCACGAAGAGGUUUUAGAAGACUAAGCUUAGAUAUCCAGUCCCCUCCAAAUAUUGGUCUGCGUCGUAGCGGACAAGUUGAAGGUGUUCGCCAGAUGCACCAGAAUGCUCCCCGUAGUCAGAUUGCUACAGAGCGUGACCUGCAGGCCUGGAAACGGAGAGUGGUUGUGCCAGAGGUACCACUAGGCAUAUUUAGGAAAUUGGAAGACUUCAGAAUAGAGAAAGGUGAAGAAGAAAGAAAUCUUUAUGUAAUUGGGAGAAAAAAGAAGACUCUUCAGCUCUCACAAAAGUCUGAGUCGGUGGUUUUGAUGUCACAGUCUAGGCAGAGGACAUGCAGGCGUAAAUAUCCAAAUUACGGUAGAAGAAAUGUUGGACGGAUUGAGUUAUCUUCUGGAAAUGAGUCUUCAAGCUCUAUAAGACAUGAGACCUCCUGUGAUCAGAGUGAAGGUUCUUGUUCUUCGGAAGAAGAAGAAUGGAAAAGUGAUAGAAGAAGUGAAAGUGACAGUGAAAGUUCAAGUGACUCUUCAUCUCAAUAUUCUGAUUGGACAGCUGAUGCAGGCAUCAAUUUGCAGCCUCCUUUAAGAACUUCAUCUCGUCGGCGUAUUACCCGAUUUUGCAGUAGUUCAGAGGAUGAAGUGUCUACUGAGAAUUUAUCUCCUCCUAAAAGGAGACAAAAGAGAAAGAAAGAAAAUAAGCCCCCCAAAGAGAAUUUGCGGAGAAUGACUCCAUCAGAGCUUGCAAAUAUGGAACAUUUGUAUGAAUUUCAUCCUCCAGUUUGGAUAACCGACACCACACUUCGAAGGUCUCCUUUUGUUCCGCAAAUGGGUGAUGAGGUAAUAUAUUUUCGACAGGGUCAUGAAGCUUAUAUUGAGGCUGUGAGAAGAAAUAACAUUUAUGAACUGAACUGUAACAAAGAGCCAUGGAGAAAAAUGGAUCUUAGGGAUCAAGAAUUGGUCAAAAUUGUUGGAAUACGCUAUGAGGUUGGGCCCCCUACACUCUGUUGCCUCAAACUGGCAUUUAUAGAUCCUGCAUCUGGGAAACUUAUGGACAAGUCUUUCUCUAUUAGAUACCAUGAUAUGCCAGAUGUUAUUGACUUUCUUGUGUUGCGUCAGUUUUAUGAUGAAGCAAGACAGAGGAAUUGGCAGUCUAGUGACAGAUUCCGUUCUAUCAUUGACGAUGCCUGGUGGUUUGGAACGGUGCUAAGUCAAGAGCCCUAUCAGCCACAGUACCCUGAUAGUCAUUUCCAGUGUUACAUUGUUAGGUGGGACAACACUGAAAUUGAAAAGCUUAGCCCAUGGGAUAUGGAACCAAUUCCUGAUAAUGUUGAUCCACCUGAAGAAUUAGGAGCUAGUAUUUCUGUCACUUCAGAUGAACUAGAGAAAUUGCUCUACAAACCACAAGAUGGUGAAUGGGGUCAUAAAUCGAGAGAUGAAGAAUGUGAACGAAUUAUUAGUGGUAUAGAUCAACUUUUGAAUCUUGAUAUAGCGGCAGCGUUUGCAGGUCCAGUGGAUCUGUGUACGUACCCGAAGUACUGUACUGUCGUGGCUUACCCGACUGACCUUUACACAAUUCGAAUGAGACUUGUUAAUCGAUUUUACAGGAGGCUAUCUGCAUUGAUUUGGGAAGUCAGAUACAUAGAACAUAAUGCCAGGACAUUUAACGAACCUGAGAGUGUAAUUGCACGAUCAGCUAAGAAGAUAACUGACCAACUUUUAAAAUUUAUCAAGAAUCAAGACUGUACAGAUAUCUCAGAACUUUCUAUCACUUCUGAAAAUGAUGAGCAAAAUGCCAAAUCUUUGGAUGAUAGUGAUCUCCCUAAAACAUCUUCUGGAAGGAGAGUCCAUGUUUGGAAAAAAAGGAGUGGCAAAGCAAGCAACUAUGUUGAAAGCAACUGGAAGAAACAGUGUAAGGAACUAGUGAACUUAAUUUUUCAGUGUGAAGAUUCUGAACCAUUUAGACAACCUGUUGAUUUGGUUGAAUAUCCAGACUACAGAGAUAUUAUAGAUACUCCAAUGGAUUUUGGAACAGUAAGGGAAACUUUAGAAGCGGAAAAUUAUGACAGCCCUUUGGAAUUUUGCAAAGACAUCCGGUUGAUAUUUAGCAAUGCAAAAGCAUACACGCCAAAUAAAAGAUCAAAGAUUUACAGUAUGACUUUGAGACUAUCUGCCUUAUUUGAAGAAAAAAUGAAGAAAAUAUCCUCUGAUUUUAAAAUUGGUCAAAAAUUCAAUGAAAAACUUCGAAGAAGCCAGAGGUUCAGGAGACAGCAAAACUGUAACCGUGUCAAUCAGGCUAACAGAAGUAUCAGAAAUAUGAAGCAGAAGCGUUUAAAAUCUCAGACAAGAGUAGUUACUGAGUCGGUGGGCUCUCCUACCCAGUCUACCUCCAGUCAGGCAGCUUACUCUGCAAGCCACAAGACAAGCGCUAGUGUCUCUUCAGGCGUUACUUCUGGCGACUCUUCAGAUUCAACAGGAUCAUCAGAAAGAAUAAGAAGAAAUAGAACUGUCACUCUAACAAAUGGUUCUGCCUUAUCUGAAAGUGAAAUGGAAGAUUCCUUAGGUACCUCUUCAUCAUCUUCAGCUUCAAGUAGUUCUGAGGAAAGCAAAGAGAGUUCAAGAGCUCGUGAACCCUCCUUACGUGGAAGGCUGGCCAGAAGCAGCAGUCUCAGAGUGACCAGAACCAGAGCUGCCCAGAGAAAAACUGGUCCAGUUUCUUUAGAAAAUGGAUGUGGCAGAAAAGCCACUAGAAAGAGGGUCUAUUUAAGUGACUCUGAUAACAAUUCAGCGGAGACUGGUGAAAGUCUAAAAGCUCGAGGUGGAAAUAACCGGAAAGUGCUACGAAAGUGUGCUGCUGUGGCUGCCAAUAAGAUAAAGCUGAUGAGUGAUGUAGAGGAAAAUUCUAGCUCUGAAAGUGUCUGUUCUGGCCGUAAGCUGCCUCACCGCAACGCUUCUGCUGUAGCUAGAAAAAAGUUAUUAUAUAAUUCUGAAGAUGAUCAGAGCUUAAAGUCAGAAACUGAAGAAGAGGAGCCGAAAGAAAAAAAUCAACCAUCACCAGUGUCCAGCUCUCAUGCUGCCCAGAAUAAUGUGAGUGAAUCUGAAAAUGGAGAUUCGGAGUCAGAAAGCGACUUGCAGGUAGUCCGGAAAAGUUGGCACACUAAUGGUUACAAGUCACACACUCCAACAACCUCUAAAACAAAAUUUCUUAAAAUAGAGUCCUCUGAGGAAGACUCUAAAAGUCAUGGUUCGGAUAACGGACGUAACAGAACUACUGGCCCGUCAACUUCUGGGCAGAAACUUAAGGCAAGAAGCAUCUCAGGGGAGGAGGAGGAAGCAGAUUCUGAACCAAGAAAAUAUGAUGGUAGGAAAUACAACACAGGUUGCAAGAAUGCUGCUUUCCUUAAAAAAGCAAAGAUCUUCAGUGAUUCAGAGGACUCUGAAUCUGAAGAAGAUAAAAAAGAUGGUAGAUGUCACAAGAUGGCAACAAACCCGAUGUCAGGAAAUCUGAAGUGCGAACCUAUUGCUGGGUCCCACUGUUUCUCAGAUCAUGUAUCUGAAACUGAUUUGGAGUCAGAUGAUGACAAAACAAAAGAAAAACCAAACAAUUUUAUGAAAGAUUCUGCAUCACAAGACCAUGGACAAAGAAGAAAAGUUUCCAGGAAAAGGGUCUGUUCCAGUGACUCAGAGAGCAAUUCGAAGGUGGUUAAGAAAUCCUCCAAAGCCAAAACGGGUCUCCUAAGGAUUCCUCGAAGGUGUGCAACCACCGCUGCCAGUAAGAUUAAACUUAUGAGUGAUGUGGAAGAUGUUAGUUUAGGAACUAUGUGUACUAGAAGCAAAAGUGGAAGGAAAAAGCCCCUCCAUUUUGCAUGUGCCACAGCUAAGACCACAGGGAGCGAUUCCGACGUAGAUGUAAACUGUGAAGUGCCAAACGACCAGGAUGCCUGUGAAGGAGAGUCACCUGAAGUCGACUCAGAAGGGAGUACAAAGAGCAUCCAUCAGUCUUCAAAUGGAGACUCAGGUUCUGAAGGUAUGUCAGACUCGGAACAUAGGAACAGGCCUGUGAGGCAUACCAAUAAUCACAACACAAAAGCUGCACCUUCUAGAACCAAGAAUUCAUUGAUUGCGUCUUCAGAGGAAGAUUCAAAAAGCCAUAUUCCAGGGGGUGAGAUUGGUAGAAAAUUUUCUUCCGAGUCAGCUUUGGAGCAGAAAGAUACUGCAGAGACUAACUUUGAAGAGGAACUGAACUACGGGCUGCGCAGGUGGAACGGCAGAAGACUCAGGACCUAUGGGAAGGCUCCUUUCAGUAAGACAGAAGUGAUCCAGGACUCGCAGGAAGCAGCCAAGACAGAAAUAAAAAGAAAGAGACUACAUCCUGAGUUGGGGAAUGUGAAAACUUCAGAAACAACAGGGAAUUCUGAGUGUGGGCCCGACACUAGCCCCAGAUCUGAUUCAGAGUUGGGGUCUGUAACUGAAUCGGAUGUUGACUGUGCCGAUGAGACAAAAACCAAAAAGAGGAAAAUGAGAGGAAAAGCAAAAGUAGUUAGAAAAGAAUCUGUUCCUAGAGACAGAAAACCCAAUACAAAAAUGAGAACAUGUUUGCAUAAUCAGAAGGAUGCAGUGCAGAUGCCUAGUGACACUCUGAAAGCAAAAAUGGUGCCUGAGAGAGUUCCCCGCAGAUGUGCUACUGUUGCUGCAAAUAAAAUAAAGAUAAUGAGUAAUCUAAAGGAAGCGAUUUCAGGACCAGAAAAUGUCUGGAUUAGGAAGAGUAGCAGAAAACUGCCCCAUCGAAAUGCUUCUGCUGCGGCUAAGAAAAAGUUACUGAAUGUUUAUAAAGAGGAUGAUACAAGUAUAAAUUCUGAAAGUGAAAAAGAGCUAGAAGAUACUAAUAGCAGAAUGCUUUUGUUUUAGAUCAGAUCCUGGAAAGCAAAAGCACAGUAGUUAGUGUGUAUGAAAACGUAGAAAUGGAACAGAAAAACCAUCCGGGGCCACAAGUAAACCGGCAGUUGCAUUUUACUCUUAGCUCUAAAGUUAAUCCCUUGUUGGUACCUUUUGAGGAAUUUUCUGAAAGCCAUAAUCCAGAGAGUCAAGGUGGGUCCUGGGAAGGCUCCUUCCUCCCAGCAAGCCUCGUACAGACUCAAACUACAAAGGAUUCUGGGGAGCAAAUAGAUUUGUGAAGCUGGUAGUUGCAGAGGUGCAAAGAAAAGACUAAUGGCCUCUCCUAAGAUUAUUCCUCUUCCGAAAGGAAGGACCUUGGAGAAAUUUCUUGACUCCUUAGAAGGAGAAAAUACAGUCAUCCCUCUGUAUCCCAGGGGCGGAGUUAGUUCCAGGACCCCCCAAAAUCUACACAUGCUCAAGUUCCUUCUAUAAAACGGGGAAGUCUUUGCUAUAACCUCUUUGCAUAUAACGUACAUUUGCUAUAACCUCUUUGCAUAUAACGUACAUCCUCCCAUAUAUUUUAAAUCAUCUCUACGUUACUUACAGUAUCUAAUACAGUGCAAAUGCUAUGUAAAUAGUUGUCACACUGUAUUGUUUAAGGACUAAUGACAAAAAAAGUAUAUUCAGUACAAAGCAACUACAGUUGGCCUAACCACAUAGUACAUGUCAGCACCAAUGUGACUUCCCCACAAAUAGUGCAUGUGGAACCCUUGGAGAUGGAGGGCCCACUCUAAUGGGAAGUGUAGAGGGACUAUAGGAAAAACCUAAAGGAAUGAAAGACACUCAAAAUCUCAACCUGCUAAUUUUAAGGGUUUUGCAUUAGAGAAUAAAAACUCAGCCCACUACGACUAUGGAUGGUGUCAUUAUUAAAUAAAAGGUAGGCACAUUUCAAGCAGUGCCAUUGAGCCUAUUUGACUUUUGAGUGAAACAAAUAAUUCAGCAAGGUGUAGUCUGGGUAAGGCACAACUCCAACAUCAAAACAACUUUAGGACAUGAGGGUUCAGUGAUGUGGGCUUUAAUAAUCGAGUUCUGAAGUAGUGUUGGAAACAGAAAAUCCAUUAAUGUCUUAUUUUGUUCAUAAUAUUGGAAUUCAUAUUGAAUGAUGACCACUUGGUAUGACUAUUCAGGGAAUAUAUAUUUUUCUACGAAAGCCAUGAAUGUGACUAUCACAACUUCGUGUCUUCAUUUUUACUUUCAGGCAGCAGCAUUUACAGAGAUGCCAAAAUGUGUCUCAUGAUGAGGCCGGUCUUAGUUUUAAUCAGUUAGAAAAUAAAGUAUAGAUUAAGAUCAAAACAGGCAUAUUUUUAGAUGAUUCAGUGAUGUCCUCUUAUGUUUCUCUACAGCAGCUUAAAAGUUAGAACUUUAUGGAAACUUGGAGAGAAUUUAUUAGAAUCUUAUCACAACAAACUUGAAAGGCAGUGUGUCUGGGCUAUUUCAUGGUGGCCUUCACUAGGAUUAGAAAAUCUGGUUUUGUUACUAUAAAGAAUUUUUUUGAAAUGAUGUUUAAUUUGUUCAUAGGUAGUUGUUGAAAUUAAAGUCACCAGAUUAAACGAAUGCACUGUCAAAUCUUAAUAUAGAACAUAAUACUGGAAAGCUGAAUUGUUGUUUUCCUACUUAAACAUCGAUGAAUAUUAAUAUAUGAUUUGCAUGUUUAAAUCUGAAAAAGUAAAACAUGGAAACCUAAGGGUUUCUACUCCUUUUUCAUUAAAAGACUAACACAAUGCGUAUUUUAUGGCUAUACAGAUUGGCCAAGUGUCUAGAUUAUUUGAGAAAUUUGUUUGUGGUUGCAUGUCUGCUUAAAAAAAGGCUUUUUUGUUUUUUCUUAGUGUAAGACAGAAUACUUCUACCCUACAGUUCAUGUCCUUUGCUCUGUUCAUAGUAUAUUUUCAUGUGAAAUACUGCUACUAGUAUCUUGUUAACUAGUGCAGUUGAGGAAGGGGAGAAUUCCUAACAAAUGAUAUUUUUAGGUGCAUGGGGUUUGAUUUUUGAUCUCUAAUUAAAUCUAUUUCCAGUCCUACAUUUAUAUUUAUUGGGUAUAUCAUCAACAAAUACCACAAAAUGAAAAUAUCUGAAUCUCAGUUAAGAUUCUAUUUAUUUAUUCUUAGUAAGGGAGGGAAACGUUGAUCAUUUGGCUCUCAAAUGGUGGGCCAAAUGGGGACCUGGCCUGAAACCCAGGCAUGUGCCCUGACUGGGAAUCUUACCUGCAACCAUUCAGUUCACAGGCCCGCAGGCAGUCCAGUGAGCCACACCAGCUAGAGCUCAGUUAAGAUUAUUUUAUGCAGAAUUUUUUGACAAUUUCAGUGUCAUGAAAGAAUUUCACUUUUGAAUUUGUAAUUUGCUCUGUUGGGGUUAAAUUCUGUCAGUAUUUGAGAUUGUAUCAUCAGCCUUCUUUCAUAAUGGAACUCCUCUGGUUUAGUAUUUAAUUUGAACAUAUAUUUGCCUUUUUUUAAGUGCUUGGCUUAAACUUAUUGUAACUGUAUGAAAUAAGCUUUUGUUUAAAACUUAACAUUUUUGUAAAACGCUCUUGCUAAAAUGUGUGCAGAAUCUUAAUCAUGGCCAAAUGUAUUAUUACUCUAUAAUUAUAAUCAGCUUUCCAGAAAUGAUUUCUUCAUCAUUGUGAAAUCAAGUUGAGGAUCUUAAUGGUAAAAAAAAUGACAUUAUUUUGUUCAGCAAAAGGACUAAGACAAACUAAUACCCAAAGUUUUUUAUUCUGCAAUUCAGUCAUUCCAUAAAACCAAUUAACCCAGGAAUCUUAGUGCAAUUUUAAAACAUAUUGGUAAUCUUGUAUAUUCUAGCUCUCUAACUUCCCCUAAAGUUUCCUAAGCUCUUACAGGAUAGCAAUUUGGGUCUUAAUGUUUCUACUUAAGGGUUCAAAUUUUGCUUCUAAGCCCAGUCUUAAAUUUUGCAGUAAUGUGUAAAAUUGCUAAAUGUCGGUUUUAUGUAAAUGGUUUUGUUGAUCAUUGUUUCUCCACAUCUUAAAACGAGAUGUUUCUAGCACCUUUCUGGGAUUUUUUUUUUUUUUUUAUUAAGAGGCUUUACGAAACCCCAAAUUAGUACUUAACUUCGUGGUGACCUAUUGACAGGGUUACAAAAUGUAAGCAACGCCAUCUAGUUUCAGUGCCGCUAAAUUUAGGUAAUUUCUUUAAUUUUCCAUUGCAAUUCCGGAUAUUUUCAUUUGUAUUUGAACUAUGUGGUACAGUUGUCCUUUUUUCCCCUCCUGUUUGGAAUAGUGCUCUGUGAACUUUGUCUUCCAGCACAUUUUAAAGAGAACCAAUGGAACACUUACUUUGCUUACUAGUGAAAGGCUAUUUAAAGCGGAAGUAAACUUUGUAUUAGAAAUGGCCAAGUUUUAAAAAAGCUAAUAUUUUUGCAGUCUCAUAAAGUCUUUUCGAUCAGCUUGACGACCAUCAUGUUUUGAAAUGUGAAUUCCUACUGCCAGAGUAAAGGCCUCAUUUUUACAACACCACGAAGCACUGUGUUUCUUCCUGCCCUGCCAUCCGCCCACUGCCUCCCGUCCCUUGGACGCGCCGGGCCCGGGCCGACACCUACCUGGGAUCGAUCGCGGUUUGGAGCAGGGUGACUAAUAAACUAAAGCUCAACCAGUUUCUCUCCUAACGGAGCAGGAAAACGGAAACCGAGCGCGGGAGGGAAAGGUACAGGGGUCCGCUUCUUCGGAGCACUACAGAAGGGAGAGGGGACGGCCGAGCCCUUCCCUU